GACGUGAACUAUCGAUGCGGAGGCGUCGAUGGCCAUAAGGCAUUCAACGUGGCCGACGCUGAAAAUGGUAAGCCAAAAACGAGGCACCGUUCGACGCUUUCGUUUAAUACGCAAGUGAUUGGAGCAAAAAUCGGUAGAGACGAAAUUGUGCUCCAUGCGUUCUGCCGCAUCAUCGCCUUAUGCGUUUGUUCUCAAUAA